AUGCAGACCUCAACAGAGCACGAAGCUUAUCACUCUGCACCUCUGCCACCGAACCAGGAAACUUCAGAGCAUCAGAUUCCGAAUAGCGAUGUGCGAGGGCAAUCUCAAACUCCGUAUCAAUCGCCAGCUAUCAGACAACUUGUCAGCAUAUUCCUAGCCAACGUCAAGUCUCGAUUUGGGGAAGAAUCGCAUGAGAUUAUGACAAUUUGGAACAUCCUCGGUGCAUUUCGAGCUGGGAAGGAAUCCAAAAAAGACACCCUCAUUGCCAUCACCCAGGCACUGGGCCACCACAAAGAUCUCAAAGAAGAUCUCAUGAAGAUACUGUACCACCCGGAAGCAGAAUGGCAGACAGGCGAUUUUGAGUUUGAGCCCCAUCAACCCAUGCACUCACCUACACCUAACUUCUUACAACCGGUUCAUCAACCCCAGAUCCGCCUACCGCCAAUGACGUGGUUCGAGAAUAGACAGACCUACCCGUCGAUCAGUUCUGGCCAUGACCGGAAUUGGUCUCCCACCGCACCCAAACUGGAGCUCAAUCACACAAAAUCUCCGUCCAUUCCUUGCUCUGACAUUCCUGCCCGUCCCCACCAAAGCCAUACGCCCGAAGCAGGGUUUCUGGAGAGAGCAUCAUCCGAGACAACUAGACUUCCUGUUCUCAGUGUUCCAGUGGCAGUCAAUGUUGGUCAGACCGUCAAUGAUAUGCCACCGCCUUCGAACAAGCGUCGACGCGAAGCUUUUGAAGAGCAAGCUUUGCAAGAGGCGACAGAUCGAGCGAUCUCUGAUACCGCUGAGCAGGUCUGCUUAUCAACCGCAGAUGUGGGCCAACCAGUCGCUAAGCGCCAGUCUGAGAGUACUUCCAAAGUAAAGUAUUCGCCAGCUGAGAGCAGAUCGAAACCCUUCAUUCAUGGUCUAUGUGGUAGAGGUUUCGGUACUAGGUCAAAGGUCAAGAAACAUCAUUGGGGAAAUGUGCUCAAUGAUCUGGAGACAACUACAGGCUGUUGGGCGAAGCACGGAAAGCCAAAUGUCAGCUGGAACGACCAUCCGAGCUGUGCGGAAGGUGUGAAAGUAUCCGGUCAUGCUAGGACAACCCCGGCCGCGAUGGAGAAAGACGAGCCUCGAGCCUCGCCUCACAUGACGGCUCCCAUGACGCCCGGCCCUGAGGAACAGCCUGAAACCGUUGCGCGUUCUGCUAAUCUUCACGAAGAUUAUCAAGAGGCUUCUCAAGACCGUGGACUGUACCACUCCCAUCGGUUACCUAACCGAUCCAGUUUCGACACUCUGUUGAGUGCGGUGAACGCCGCCUCUGAAAUCGAUGCACGGAGCCCGCAAGGGCGUAUCGACUCUGUCGUUAAUCAUAUCAGUGGUCAGACUGCUGCUGUUGAAGAUACGAGGCAGUACGUAGAGGACUGGCAAAACACAGUGUGGGGCCAUGACGAAGAAGCGGCGGCUAGUGGAUACCCGCACCCGUAUACUACGCUCCAACCCAGCAUGAUGUAUCCGUUGAGGGGAUACCAUGUGCCCAUAGAAGUUGCUCUGCCCUUUUAUGGAAGGCCUCAGUCGCACACUCCGCAGUCGCAUACUCCGCAAAUGUACCCAUGUCCUGCAGGAAACUGGAUCGACGAUCAGUUAACUAUGAUGGAGGGUGCAUACAGCAGCCCCGCGCCUCUGGAGCCGCAGUUCCCUGACCCGUACGCAGGGAGCCGACCAAUGUAG